UAAGAUUCGAUGUCCGCGAGACUUUAACUCCAUGCCUUGGCCAGUAGUUGGCCUUGACAAUGUAAGAAACACGAAAGAAAAAGAAAUAUGAAAGGCCUACCUAAAGUUCAACUACAGUUUAAGCCUACCUCAACUUCAACUAAGUUAAACAGUAACAUCUCAUAGCUUCCCGUAAGUGUCCUCGAAACUGUGUGCUUGGACUUAGAGACCUUGUUCCUGUGAUCAGAUUUCAUUAUUCUUUCUGGGUUUGAAUUCUUAAAGAAAAAAGAUGACAAAAGAUAGGAAAAUUGGUGUAGCUGUGGACUUUUCUAAGGGAAGCAAAUUAGCUCUCAAAUGGGCAAUUGACCAUCUGAUAGACAAAGGUGAUACUCUCUAUCUCAUCCAUGUCAAGGCCCAUCCGGGUGAUGAGUCUCGCAACCUUCUUUGGUCUACCACUGGCUCACCUUUGAUUCCUUUGGCGGAGUUUCGAGAGAAGGAGGUGAUGCAUAAUUAUGAGGUUGACCUUGAUCCUGAGGUUUUGGACUUGGUUGAUACUGCUUCCAGGCAGAAGCAGGUGACUAUUGUCGCAAAAAUUUACUGGGGCGAUGCCAGGGACGGACUAUGUGAAGCUGUUGGAGAUUUGAAGCUUGACUGUAUGGUCAUAGGUAGCAGAGGCCUUGGCACCAUCCAAAGGGUACUGAUUGGAAGUGUGAGCAACUAUGUGAUGGUAAAUGCAACUUGCUCCGUAACAAUUGUCAAGGUCCCUAGUGCUCAUGGAUUUUGAUCUGGAAGUCUGAUUUAGUUUUCUGCUAAGUAUUGUAUCUUUGAAAAUAACUUGUCAUCUUGUGUCUCUAGGGGGAUGUAUGGAUAUCUUGAUUCUCAGGUUCUGCUGAGAUCCUGAGAUUGCUUAGAUCAGUUCGAUGUUGUUGCUGUAAUUAAACUUUGUAUGUACAUGGACAUUGUUCAUGGUUGUAUUUAAUGACAAACUUUU